AUCUCAGUAACAUCCACAUCAAUGGAUUCCAGCUCCAAACGUUUCCCAGUCGAACACUGAACUCUCACCAGACGCUUUAAACGUUAUGAGCCUCCCUAUCAGUGGUCGUAAUGUUGUGGCUGAUCGGUGUGGUUCGCUCAGGGCUCUGACUUCGUCCUCAAUCAUUUGGCGCGUUGGUGUUUUCUUCUCCUUUGAUAAACGACAUCAUUGUGAAAAGGUUGAGCUGAUUGUUAAACACUCGGAACAUUUGCCUCCGUCUUUUUUUUCCCCGGUUCCUUCCUGUGGAAAAAUAAACGAGAAGCGUUUCUGGAAUAAACCAAGCGACUGGUGACAUGUGGAGUGAAUAAAAGUCAGCGUUGCAUUAAGAUUGUGCCCUUUGACCCGGUGUUGCCUGGCUGGUGGUUUACCAUGGAAGGCUGCCAUGAACACCAGUCUGUCCAAAGCUCAAACUUCGGCACAGACGUUCUUACAAAACACUUUUUACUUGAGCCCCAGAUCCCGGAGAAGAAAGAUUUCCUGGCGCUUCCGAUGUCGUCUGAGCCGUGAACUCGGCUUCUCCUCGGACCUGGCUGUAGAAGAAGAUGCAGUAGAGGAACCAGCUGCAUCGUCUUAUCAUCCGUCUCCUCCACAUUUGCAGUGCUGCCCCUGUGACAUGGCCUCCUCCCCUGGGCUGGAUGCAGACCCGUUGCCGCUGCUCCAGCUCCAGGAGGUGGACUCCAGUAAAGGCACGGAGAGGCCGAGCUCCCCGGGACUCCUGCCGGUCAUGUACAGCCCCCCGCUGGGCGUGGACAACCACACCGUCUGCAUCCCUUCUCCGUACACGGACAGUAGCCACGACUACGGCCACGGACACGGACCUCUGACCUUCUACAGUCCGUCCAUGCUCAGCUACACCCGGCCGCCCAUCACCGACAGUCCUUCAUCUCUGUGCCCCCCGCUCAGCCCCUCGGCCUUUUGGCCGUCGCACAGUCAUCCCAACAUACCCUCGCUCACGCUGCACUGCACCCAGCCUCUCGUCUACAACGAACCCAGUCCACAUUCAGGCUGGAUGGAGCCCAAAGUCCACAGCAUCAACCACAGCAGCGCCGUCAUCAGCUGUAACAAGCUGCUGGGGAAGAAAUCGGAGGACGCAGGGGAGAGGGCGAAGGAGUCCUCGUGUUCGUCGGCGGCAGGAAAAGCCGACAUGCACUUCUGCGCCGUGUGUCACGACUACGCCUCCGGGUACCACUACGGCGUCUGGUCCUGUGAGGGCUGCAAGGCCUUCUUCAAGAGGAGCAUCCAGGGACACAACGACUACAUUUGCCCCGCCACUAAUCAGUGCACUAUCGACAAGAACCGGCGUAAAAGCUGCCAGGCCUGCCGCCUCCGGAAAUGCUACGAAGUGGGAAUGAUGAAGUGCGGCGUGAGGCGUGAGCGCUGCAGCUAUCGAGGAUCUCGCCACCGUCGUGGCGGGGUCCAGACCCGGGACUCCGCCGGUCGGGGUUUGGUGAAGGUCGGCCUCGGCUCUCGGGCCCAGCGGCAUCUCAACCUGGGGCCGCCUCUCUCCCCCCUGGGCUCCCUCCCCCAGGCCGCCCACCCCCAUCACGCCGCCAUGAGCCCGGAGGAGUUCAUCUCCCGCAUCAUGGAGGCCGAGCCCCCGGAGAUCUACCUGAUGGAGGACCUGAAGAAGCCGUUCACCGAGGCCAGCAUGAUGAUGUCCCUCACCAACCUGGCCGACAAGGAGCUGGUCCUCAUGAUCAGCUGGGCCAAGAAGAUCCCCGGCUUCGUGGAGCUGAGUCUGGCCGAUCAGAUCCAUCUGCUGAAGUGCUGCUGGCUGGAGAUCCUCAUGCUGGGGCUGAUGUGGAGGUCUGUGGAUCAUCCUGGGAAACUCAUCUUCUCCCCAGACUUCAAACUCAACAGGGAGGAGGGCCAGUGCGUGGAGGGCAUCAUGGAGAUCUUCGACAUGCUGCUGGCGGCCACCUCCCGGUUUAGAGAGCUGAAGCUUCAGAGGGAGGAGUACGUCUGUCUGAAGGCCAUGAUCCUCCUCAACUCCAACCUGUGCUCCACUUCUCCUCAGACGGCUGAGGAGCUGCAGAGCAGGAGCAAGCUGCUCCGUCUUCUGGACUCUGUGAUCGACGCUCUGGUCUGGGCCAUCUCCAAACUGGGUCUGUCCAGCCAGCAGCAGACGCUCCGCCUGGGACACCUCACCAUGCUGCUGUCCCACAUCCGCCACGUCAGUAAUAAAGGGAUGGACCACCUUUCCACCAUGAAGAGGAAGAACGUGGUGCUGGUCUAUGACCUCCUCCUGGAGAUGCUCGACGCCAACACAUCCAGCUCCUCCUCCUCCUCUUCCUCCUCUUCGGCCUCCGACUCCUUCCCCGACCCCCACCAGUACCCCCCUCCCCCGUCCCAUCUCCCGCCGCACCCCUCCCACCCCAACGACGCCUCGGACCCCGUCCUGGACGGACACUUGCAGGCUCCGCCCCUCCAGACCACGCCCCCGUCUCACCUGGAAGACGACUUCGUCUCCGCGGGGGCGUGGCCUCUGGACGGGGGGGGCCCGGGCCCCGGUCCGUCCUCGGACUACAUCAGCUCCGAACGCGUCGCCAUGGAAACCAUCUUAGAUGGGUGAUGUGGACUCAGAGACUGAACCUCCCCCCUCUCCCCCCUGAAAAAGAGACAGAAACUAAAACUAACCCCCCCGUGGUUUCGUGAGGUAAAGUUUUUUUUCUUGUCGAGAUGUUUUUAGUCUUUUCGGAGAAAAAAAAAAACAACAUUUUUGAUGGAUUGUAUAUUUUGUGUGUGGAUGUUUCCUGUGAACGUGAACCACAGCUGAUGUUCAGGAGAACGUCGCUGCUCCUCCUCCUCCUCCUCCUCCUCCUCCUCCACCUCCUCUUUUUUGAUAUCAACUGUUUGUAUCUCGGUUUUUCUACAAACCGUCACAUUAAUUCCAUGAAGGUUUUUGGUCGUACAGCUGAACAAAAGAAAAAGAGGAUGUUCUCUGUCACUCUGGUGUUUCUCCUCCUGCUCCUGCUCCUCCUCCUCCUCCUCCUCCUCCUCUGUGCUGCUUCGUUGUGUGCAGGUUUUUUCUACUCUCUGCAGCCUUAAAACAAAACGACUGUUAUAAAUAUUAAUGUUCAUCUGGUUGAACCGAGGCUGAAUUUACACCACGUUUAUUUUCGCUCUGAGGCUCCAGACAAAUAAAUCUGAACUUAAGAUUAAAUGUGGAGAAUCCUAAACAUUAAUUCCACUAAACUUACAGAAUAAAAUCAGAAUCAGAAUCUGAUACUGCAGCAAAUUGCUCCAUAAUAACAUUGAAUAUGAGAUAUUAUUACACGGCAGCAGAUAAAUAUAUAAAUAAAUCAUCUGUACAAGUUUAUGAAGUGAACAUGAAUUAUUGCACAAUAUUAACAUAAAUAUGGGUCAUUGCAGUUUGAUGGUCACAGUUAAUACCUGUAGAUUUAGCUUAAUGUGCUAACACAUAUGCUAAUUAGUAAAGCUUUAAAUAUAAAUGUCCUCAUAUUCAUCUAAUUCUAACCUCUUUGGUUUGUUUUAUAUUUUUAGUGAAGUGAUAAUUAAUCUGUUUAGGACGAAGUAACUGAAUAUUAUUGAUGAAUAUGUUAAAGCUCAUUCAUGGUCUUUGUCUCUUUUUAAAGACGAGACUCUGAAGUUUCUAUCACUACAGUCAGAAUCUCUCUAAGUGGUUUAGUUCUGGAGGAAUCAAAGCUGGAACACAGUUAAAAAAUGAGGAUAAGUUGUUGUGUUGGUUGAAUCCUAUGACUUUUAUCAGUGAAUCAGAAGAAAAUUAUAAUAUUACAUCGUCUCAUAGAGCAGAAAGUUAAACAGAACAAACUGUCCCUCCACCUUAAAGCUGGUGAUUAAAGAAGAAGGUAAUGUUUUUUUUAUUUUUAUUUUUUUAUUUUAAAUUAUUUUCCAACCACUGGUGUUUUUCUUUGCUGCAGAAUCAGAACCAGAAUCCAGACUCUGACUUUGUUCUUGGCUCAGGCCGUUUGUUAAAGGUUUGAAAUGUGCUCAGACAUCAGUCAAAUGAUUCUCCUCCCAAACAAACGCACCAUUAAGAAGCGUCUUGGACGUCCCGUCGUGACUCGCGCCGCCUUCAGUGUGCCAGGGUAAAUCCAGCCUCGGUGCCGGAGGAUCCGACCAGCGCUGAGCGGCAGAUAUUUGCUCCGCGGGUCCUGACGUCUGCGGCUCGUCCUGCAUGAACACACACGACUCUGGAAAGAUUUGUGUUUGUGAACAACACAUUCCUGUCUCGGAUCAGAUCCCGCGGAGGUUUUUUUUUUUUUUUUCCUCUUUUAUGUCGUCACAGAAAACACAACGACCACAAAUCAUGGCAAAACCCAGUUUAUUGUCAAGUCAUCUCUACAUCCCAUAAUAUACCGGAUCACAAAAUAAAUCAAGCUUUACACA